AUGAGGAAUCUUUCUUGCUUUGGCGGCUUCGCGCUAACGCUGCACUUUGUAUGGCCUGAGUCAUCGAUAGUCGGGUGCACUUUUAACACCACUGCUUUCCUCCUCCGUCCCACCCCACAUACAGGCCUAGCUGCGUUGGAGCCUCGUGACGAGUCGAGCACGGAUGCUGACACGACUAGCCUCAAACGGUCCGCUCUGUUGGCCUUCCGUGGACGCAAAGACUCCUGUUGUGUGUCCGCCUUGCAAGGGGAGAGUCAGGACUUUUUCCAAACUGCCUGGGAUCGCCACAUCUCGCACCUACGCGAGGCCACCAGAGCCUCCGUUCUCGCCUCAAUUGUCGACAUCGGGGGCAGCGGUAACUCCUCUGCCGCACGGCCCAACUCGCGCUCCACCACGUCUCCUGCCGUGGUGGUGCCCCACUCCGUGAUAGACGGAACUGCCUUUAAUGAUUCCUCUUGCGACUCCUACCCUGCCUCCCCCCAUGCAAAUUCACCCAGGCAGAAGAACGAAGGCCUGAUGAGGGUCGAAGUGACCUCUCCCCGACGUCCUCUUCGCUUCUCUAUGCCAACCAAAUACAGCCAGACGCCAGCAGUUCUGCAAGUAGACUCGACGACUGAAAGAAAGACUGAAGAAGCAUCAGACCACGGCAGGUUAAGUAAGCCUCACGAUCACGAAUGA